UAGAAUAAAUAUGCCAGCCAAGGAGGGAAUCCACCACCGCCAAUAAUUUCAUUUUCAUGAUGGGAUUUGUUUUCUUUCGGUUAAAUAAAUUUUCCAAUUAAUCUUCAAUAAUAUUGGCAUCGCUGAUUGUUUUUUUCUGUUUUGCAUAAUUGGGAAGUGUACGAAAUCUGGGAGUGUAACGUCAAGCUGUUGCUUUUUCUUCACGCCAACAUGAACCCGUCCGAGUUGGAGUUUCUCGCUGAAAAGGAAAUUGUCGAAAUUGUGCCAAAGUUCACAUUGGACACUAUUUGUUUAAUGGAAGGGAACUUGGGACCCUUUCGGGCCGGCCUUCCCGUCCGAGUCCCCCUCUGGGUGGCCCUUGACUUUCGACGACGAGAGCGCUGCACCCUCGUCCCACCCGACUGGAUGAACAUCCAGGCGUUGGAAGCAAUCAAAAAGGAAGAAAAGACCAACGAACUGUUCACUAAAAUGCCCAACGAGCAUUACAUGGCAGUUACGGUGGUCAUAUGCAGGUCUUGUUCUCAGGACAUCCCAGAUUCAGACAGGGUCCAGGUAUUAGUCAAGGACAUUUGGGACAAUAGAAUUGCAAAGAUAAGAACUGCAAUUGAUAGUUUCAUCAAAACGGGGUCUUCCUUCGCUAAGGUGAAUAAUCUUACCCAGAUGGAAAUUGCGAAUGUCAGACCGUUUUUUCCUCACGCACUGGAGCAGAUUCACAGGAUGCGACAGAAUUCUCAAGAAGCUCUCAUUAAUUUAAAUAAUUCCAAAAGUCAGUCACAGUCUGACAGUAUGUAUCCAGACAGUGAUAGGAUGACUCAAUAGAAUAAAGUUCACAUAAAUCUAUGAUUGUUUUCAGAAAACUAUGUACCUAAAAUAAACUACUUGCAUGUGAGAACGUAUAUGUACGUAUAAUUACAUAUUAAGGUAAUUAUCGAGUAGAAAAUACCUUUAAUAAAAAAUUAUUAUCGAGUCGGUGGGUUGGGGUUGUGUUAAAAUAUUGCUAAAUGAUGGAGGACUUACAGAAGACUUGUGUCUUAAAAAUAAUAAACAUUAUAAUGACCUCACCAA